CUUCACAUUCUAUCCUCUAUCGGAGUUAUUCAAAUAAUGUCUUACAGAGCAAAGAAACGUUCAGUAAAAGUCUUCUUUCAUUAGUGUUUCAUUAGUUGUGUCUUCCUCCGCGACAAGAACAACACCGAGCAAUGGACACAUCAACGUAGAGGAGAUAAUAUGCGUUUUUCCUCAGUGCACUAGCAAACUAACAAACUAGCUUAGGUUAGCUUCGAGCGCACAGAUACAGCUGUUUCAGUAAGGUAGAAAACACAAGAACAUGUAUUUGUUCUACACAAUUAUUGCAGCAUUGGUUUCUUUUUUCGUUUUGAAAUGGAUGAAAAAGAGGAGGUAUUGCACUGACCUGAAAAGACUCGAUGGCAAAACAGUUCUCAUUACAGGUGGGAAUUCUGGUAUCGGCAAAGAGACAGCCGUUGCCUUGGCCAUGAGAGGAGCCCGUGUCAUCAUCGCUUGCAGAGACCAGGACAAAGCUGAGAAGGCUGUGAGAGAGAUCAAAUUUAAGAGUCACAGUCUGAACGUUGCUCACAUGGAGCUGGAUCUUGCCAACCUGCGCUCUGUGAGGGACUUCUGCAAGAGCUUCCUUCAGAGAGAGAAGAGCCUUGAUAUCCUGAUCAAUAACGCAGGUAUGCCCAGUGUCCUUGACUGGACAGACGAUGGCUUCAGCAUGUGUUUUGGCGUCAACCACUUGGGUCACUUCCUCCUUACCAAUCUCCUCCUGCCCCGUCUGAAAGAAUGUGCUCCCAGCCGGGUGAUCACCCUCACAUGCUCCAACUACAAAUACCAGAAGCUGGACUUCCAAGACCUCAACUACAACCUGCUGCCCUUCUUCACCUACUGCCGCAGCAAGCUGGCCAACAUCUACUUUAGUCAGGAACUGGCUCGCAUCACAGAAGGAAAAGAUAUCACCUGCUAUGCUGUGCACCCCGGUUUUGUCCAAAGUGGCUGGACGUGCCACUUCUCCAUCCUGUUCCGGAUGAUGAUGCAGGUGAUCAUGUGGAUGUUUUUUGUGCCGUGUGAGAUUGGAGCUCAGACUGUCAUCUACUGUGCCGUGUCAGACGAAGCGGCCAAACAUAGUGGCGGUUACUUUGUUGACUGCCGUCCUGCCACUCUGCGUCCUUUCGCUAGAGACGCUGGUGUGGCCAAGAAACUGUGGGAGGCCAGUGAGAGACUGGUAAAACUGGUUUGAUGCUAAAAGCUGAAGAAAAGUGGGUGUUUGUUCGUUUGUUUUCUGGUGUGUAAUUUAUGGCCAUCUUUUUUUUUUACUUUGACGUAUUUAUGUCUGAAAUAAAUGUUUUUGUUGUAUAAAAUCCAUUUAUUUUUCCCUUUUUUCCAUCAAGACAUUCUUUGGACAUUGUCAUUUUUUGUUUGUUUGCUUUCACAGUGAAAGAGCUUUGGUAUUUUUUAAUUCUCAAGAGGGAACUUGUCAUUCAAUAGAAUUAUAUUUCAUAAACAGUUGGAUUGAAUAACUUUGUAACUGACAUUAUACAAUAUCAAUGAAAUUCAGGUUUUAAUCUACUGUAUGCAUUUCUGUAGGGAAACUGUUGUUGCCACAUUAAUGUUUCUUUACAUGUUUUUUCACUCCACAGUAAACAAUUGUUUACAAUCAAUAAUUAAAAGCAUUACUGUCAAAGGUUAUAAUAAAGGGGCGUCCCACAGCCAAAUGA